AGAGGCUUUUCAUUUUUGUGGCUAAAGUGCUCAACUACCUUUGUACCCAUCUCCUUCCUCUGGUUUCACACCCACCCAACCCUAUCAAAACCCUAAUAAAAAACCUUAACUAAAAAAACUCAAAUUUUGCGUCAAUGGCGUCAUCACCUCUAUCAAUCCCAUUAAAACCAUCAUUCCAUCAACAAAAAACCUCAUUUGUUAACCCACCAACUUUACAUUUCAUCAAACCAAACACCCAUUAUUCCCUUUCAAAGUCUACGCUCAAAGUCCAAGCCUCAUCAUCCAAACAUCCAAACAACCCAUUAACCCAAUCCAUUAAACAAACCGCCCGGACCAUCAUUUUGACCGCCACAGCCGCCGCCGUUGUAAUUUCCAAAUUCCAAAAAUACUCUGCUUUAGCUGACCCAAUAACCCAGACAGAAACAGCCCAAACUACAGAAUUAUCAUCCGAAGUCCAUCAAGAAACAGCCCAAUUACCAAAUUUCUUGGAAUCAAACCCUGAAGCUAUAUCUGCCAUGAAGACAUUGCUAGAAGAGAAGCUAGAAGCAGGGGAAGAUGAAGAAAGUUUGAAGCUUUUGAAAAAACUUGUUUCGGCCCAGCCCGAAAACAUGGACUUUAAGUUCUUGUUAGCUAGAUUGUUAAACGAAAUGGGUGAAAUCGAACCGGCCCGAGAAGCAUUAGAGGAAAUAUUAACGAAAAACCCGUUUUCAUUUGAGGCAUUGUUUGAAAAUGCAUUGAUAAUGGAUAGUUGUGGAGAAGGUGAAUUAGUGAUCAAAAGAUUAGAAAAGGCUUUAGAUAUUGCAAUUAAAGAAAAUAAGGAAAAAGAAGCUAGAGAUGUGAGAUUGAUAAUUGCACAAUUUAAGUUUUUGCAAAAGAAUGUUGAUGAGGCUUUAAAGAGUUAUGAUGAGCUUUUAAGUGAAGACCCGAAUGAUUUUCGACCUUAUUUUUGUAAAGGAAUGAUUUAUAGUUUGAUUGAUAAUGAUGAUGAAGCUAAAAUUUGGUUUGAAAAGUAUCGAAAGCUUUCCCCUAAGAAGUUUGAUGUGGAAGGGUACAUUCGAACGCCUUUGUCAAGAAUGAAGCUUUUUGGAAGUGAUGAACAGAAUUGAUGGAUGGUAUGUUUUUCUUGUUACGAUUUGAAUCCUUGUUAGCUUGAGAUUCAAUGAGUUUCUGCUCUUAAAAAACUGCUAUAGUUUACCUUAGAAUAAAGAUGAUGAUAAUGAGGUAUUGUUAUUGAUGGGUUUAACAUGAACUUUUAUGGUACCCUCUUGUUGUAUCUGCUUGAUGGAGCAUAGUUUUGAAAUAUAACAUUUGUGAUAAUUUGUUGUUUCAAGUACUUGAUAUGCAUAAUGUAGGAUUUUUUCAAGUAA